AUGAAGAAGAUUAGAGAUUUAUUGCUUUGUUUAUCGAUAGCAAUUCUUUCCUCAAUUUCAGCUGCUUCUGCUGAUCUGAUUCACGGCUGUGGUGGAUUCGUCGAGGCGAGUUCGUCUCUGGUAAAGUCAAGGAAGCCGAGUGCUACAAAAUUGGAUUAUUCCGAUAUCACGGUAGAGCUUCGUACUAUAGAUGGAUUGGUAAAAGAGAGAACACAGUGUGCUCCUAAUGGUUACUACUUCAUUCCAGUUUAUGACAAGGGUUCAUUUGUUAUUAAAAUCAAUGGACCGGAAGGAUGGUCGUGGGACCCAGAACAAUUUCCGGUUGUUGUUGAUGAAACCGGCUGCAACAGUAACGAAGAUAUUGAUUUUCGAUUCACAGGGUUCACGAUAUCUGGUAGAGUUGUGGGAGCAGUUGGUGGAGAGAGUUGUUCUGUGAAAAAUGGGGGUCCUUCCAAUGUUAAUAUUGAACUUCUGUCUCCUAACGAUGAUCUCGUUCAUUCUAUUGUAACUUCACCAACAGGGAGCUACUUGUUCAAAAAUGUAAUUCCAGGGAAAUACAAAGUUCGUGCUUCACAUCCUGAUUUGAAAGUUGAAGUUCAAGGUUCCACAGAGGUGGAAUUGGGGUUUGAAAAUGGCAUAGUGGAUGACAUUUUCUUUGUCCCUGGGUAUGAUCUUAAUGGUUUUGUGGUUGCUCAGGUAAAAUGCUUUGUGAAGAAAAAAGCUACUCUGGCUGCUGCUGCUGUGUAUUGUCCCCAAGGUUCUGGCGAGUCUGUGGGGCAAAGAAAGCCUCUCUGUCAUGCUGUAUCCGAUGCUGAUGGAAUGUUCACAUUUAAAUCACUUCCUUGCGUUACAAUUUUAUGCACACUCUGCUUAAAUUGUCUUGGUUACCAUCUUGUGUCUAUCAAGUCUGGAAAUGCCUGUCAUUAUGAGCUUGUUCCAUCCUACAAGGGUGAGAAUACAGUAUUUGAUGUUUCGCCUCCUCUCAUGUCUGUUUCUGUUGAGCAUCAGCACGUAACAGUUCCCCAAAAAUUUCAGGUCACAGGAUUUUCUGUGGGGGGCCGAGUAGUUGAUGGGAAUGACAUGGGAGUUGAGGGUGUCAAAAUCAUAGUUGAUGGUCAUGAAAGGUCUGCAACUGAUAAGGAAGGCUAUUACAAGCUUGACAAGGUUACGUCAAAUCGCUAUACGAUAGAGGCCAAGAAGGAGCAUUACAAGUUCAACAAGUUAAAGGAGUAUAUGGUUUUGCCAAAUAUGGCUUCAGUUCCAGAUAUUACAGCAAUCUCCUAUGAUGUCUGUGGUGUAGUUAGCGUGGUUGGUUCUGGAUACAAGCCAAAGGUAGCUUUGACCCAUGGACCUGAGAAUGUCAAACCUCAAGUCAGACAGACAGAUGGAAAUGGCAAUUUCUGCUUUGAGGUUCUGCCAGGCGAGUAUCGCUUAUCUGCUUUGGUUGCUACACCUGACAGUGCUCCUGGACUUUUGUUUUCACCACCUUAUGUUGAUGUUGUGGUCAAAAGUCCAUUGCUGGAUUUACAAUUUACACAGGCCCUUGUCAAAGUCCUUGGUUCCGUUACUUGCAAGGAGAAGUGUGGCCCAUCUGUUUCUGUCACUCUUGUGAGAUUGGCUGGUACACGUAAAGAAGAGAGAAAGUCUGUUAGUUUGACAAAUGAGAGUGAUGAAUUUCUCUUUCACGAUGUCCUACCUGGAAAAUAUAGGCUUGAGGUCAAACAUGUUUCCUCGAAAGCUGUUUCCAAUGAAGAUAAUUGGUGCUGGAUGCAGAGCUUCAUUGAUGUGGAUGUUGGUGCUGAGGAUGUUAUGGGAAUUGCUUUUGUUCAAAAAGGUUAUUGGAUAAAUGUUAUCUCAACCCAUGAUGCGGAUGCUUCCAUGACUGAGCCAGAUGGUUCGCUCAUUAAUUUGAAAAUCAAGAAGGGUUCACAGCAUACAUGCGUGGAAUCUCCUGGAGUACAUGAGCUGCACUUUGUUAACUCCUGUAUUUUCUUUGGGAGCUCGCCAAUAAAAAUUGAUACCUCGAACCCACUGCCUAUCUAUCUGAAAGGAGAGAAGUAUCUCCUUAAAGGACAAAUCAGUAUCGAGUUAAGCUUAGCUGAUGAUGGAUAUGAAUUACCUAACCAUAUCAUUGUAGACAUCCUAAAUAGUGAGGGCAAUCUUUUUGAUGGUACCACUGCCAGCCUUUUAUCACAUGGAAUUGAUCAAACUGGAUCUGCAUUGUAUGAGUACUCUGUGUGGGCAAAUCUUGGAGAGAAACUCACCUUUGUUCCUCGGGACCCAAGGAACAAUGGAGAGAAGAAGAUCUUGUUUUACCCCAGAGAACAAAAUGUUAUGGUGGCAAAUGAUGGUUGCCAGUCUUCAAUUCCCCGAUCGUCUGGCCGAAUGGGGCUGUAUGUAGAAGGAUCAGUUUCUCCCCCACUUUCUGGCGUUCAUAUAAAGAUUAUUGUUUCGGAAGACAGCAAAAUUACUCCACUCAAGAAAGAUGAAAUAGCACUUCAAACUGCCACUGGAAUGGAUGGUUUUUUUAUUGCGGGGCCUCUAUAUGAUGAUAUAACUUACAGAGUUGAGGCUUCAAAGCCUGGCUACCAUCUUAAACGCAUAGGACCUUAUUCCUUUUCUUGCCAGAAGCUAGGUCAAAUUUUUGUACACAUGUACUCCAAAGAUGAUGCUAAUGAACCCAUUCCUUCCGUGCUACUAUCAUUGAGCGGUGAUGAUGGUUAUAGGAACAACUCAAUAUCUGGGACUGGUGGAACGUUCCUCUUUGAUAACUUAUUUCCUGGCACUUUCUAUCUGCGCCCUCUACUUAAGGAUUCAUGUUCAUAA